AAAGUGACGCCGGGCAUUGUUUGCGUUUGUUGUGCUUUGCCGCAAUAUUUUCGUGCAUUUUCAGUGAAAAAUUAGAUUAAUUUAAAGCGCUUCCGCCUGCAAACCGGCAAAGCAACGAUGAGCGGUAGUGGCAUGCUGUACGGGGGCGAUGAAAUCGGUGCGCUCGUGUUCGAUCCGGGCCACCAUUCGCUGCGGGUAGGGUACGCACAGGAUGACACACCGAAAGCCGACAUCCCGUCCGUGGUCGGCGUUGGUCCGGCGGAUCCGGUCAUGAAUUCGGAUCUGGAGACGAAAGCGGACAACAACAUUGGCAGCACUAACAAGUACUACGUAGACACAACGCACAUCAAUGUCGCACGGCCAAACAUGGAAAUUCAGUCGUACAUGAAGGAUGGCAUGAUUGAGAACUGGGAUCUGUUCGAAAAGGUCAUUGACUACGUGUAUGCGAAGGUUGUACAGUCGGACUCGAUGUACCAUCCGGUGCUGUUUUCCGAAUCUGCCUGGAACGUGCGCAACAACCGCGAACGACUGACCGAGCUCAUGCUGGAAAAGUACAAUGUUCCGGCAUUCUUUCUCGUUAAAAAUGCCGUUUUGGCUGCGUUUGCCAACGGGCGCGCAACGGCACUGGUGGUGGACAGCGGUGCAACACAUACCUCAGCCGUCCCCGUUCAUGAAGGAUACGUCCUCAGCCAGGCGGUAGUAAAAUCACCGCUCGGCGGUGAUUACCUUUCCCUGCAGUGUCGCCAUUAUCUCGAAGGGCAAAACAUUGACCUCACGCCAACGUACGCGAUCGCUUCGAAGGACGUGAUAAAGGAGCGCGAUACGGCCCGGUUCACGCCGAAGGAGCUGCCGGAAAAGCUGACCGCCUCCUGGCAGCAGUACAUGCUGAAGGGGUUGCUGCAGGACUUCCAGAUGUCGGCCGUGCAGGUGCUGGAAACGCCGUACGAUGAGCGUACGGCCGCCGCUAUCCCGGCCGUACACUACGAGUUCCCGAACGGGUACCAUCAGGACUUUGGUCCGGAGCGGUUCAAGCUGGCGGAGAGCCUGUUCGAUCACAACAUGCUCGGGGCGGGCCAGCUAGCAUCGGCCAGCGUGGGCAUGUGCGAUGCGGACGUUCGCCUGUCGCUGUACGGUUCGGUGGUGGUGACGGGCGGCAACUCGCUGCUGCCCGGGUUUGCCGAACGGCUUAACCGGGACCUGCAGCACCGUGCGCCGUCGAACACGCGGUUAAAGAUGAUCUCGGCGAACGGGUCGGUCGAGCGGAGGUUCGGCGCGUGGAUCGGUGGCUCGAUUCUGGGCAGCAUCGGCACAUUCCAGCAGAUGUGGAUCUCCUCGCAGGAGUACGAAGAGUCGGGCAAAAGUCAGGUGGAGCGGAAGUGUCCCUAGAACGUGCACGGUGUGUUGAAUGAGUGUGCGUGCGUCCCCGGUUCAGUGUGCGUAGUGUGUACUUUCAUGCAUUUGUGUUUUUUUUUUAACGAACCUCCAUAUUGUGUAAUCCACUUACUUUUAGCUCCCUCGAUGUGACAAGAAGCAGCAGGUUGUGAGAGAAAUAAUAACAAACUGCAUUCGUAUUGCAAAAGCACAUGA